ACCGGCUGUUGACUGCUCUCCUGUCUGUACGUUAAUGGCCGUCCCUUUCCCUUCACAUAUAUACAUACGCACAGGAGGCCUGGGAAGGCAAAGCACCAACCUCAGGAGACACAUCCUCCUUGCCUCUUGUGUUCUCUUCUCCAUAGCUUGCAGAUAAGCAAAGCUUGUCCGUUGCGCGGGGAGGGGAGGUGGACAGGUGCGGAUGGAAGGGUUGCAGAGAUCGUCCUCGACUUUCAGACGGUCCGGCUCGUCGGGCCUGGUGUGGGACGAGCGGUUCCUGACCGAGGGCGCCGAGGCGCAGGCCGCCAGCGAGGGCGGCGCCGAUGACGCCCAGCCGGAGAUGCGGCGCUCCCGGAGCACCGGCGGCGUCGGGAUGAUGCUGCGCCGGGGCGGCGACGACAAGAAGCAGCAGCAGCAGAAAAAGAAGGAGCAACAAGGCCAGAAGAAGAAGGACGAGGAGCGCGAUCCCCAGGUGUUCCGGACCAAGGAGGUGGCCCCGGACGUGGACCCGCCGUCGCCGAGGGUGUCCGGCUGCAUCCUCUGCGCCAUCUUCGGGGGCUCCGGCUCCGGCUCCGGCUCCAGCCCCGCGGCGCGCCGAGGCCGCGCCAAGCCGAAGAGGAAGCAACGGCCGGCGGCGUGAAGCUUGAUCGGGCCAUGGUGGGUGCCAUGCGAGCUGUGUUUAUACUGGAGUGAUGAUGAUGGUAUACUACUGAUAUUGGUUGGUUUGUAUUGUACUCCGCUCUGCGUUACCGCGUAGCUAGUAGUCCAUACGUGUCAGGUUAGUUCCUCUUUUUUGGGUCAGUUUCUGGAUUCAGAUCCGUGAGCUGAGCAGCUGCUGUUGAGAUCUGUGGUGUUCUCUCUUGAUCUGGUGCAUGGCCUUUCCCCUC